AUGUGGACCACACCGGUUGCUUCUGCACUCUUCUUCAUUUUUUUUCCAUCAUCUGUUAAUGCGGGGCAUAGUGAUAUCGCUGAUUGCGUUAUGAUGAUCGGAAAUAAUAAUAAUGUUAAAAAGCCCUCAAUUUCACCGAGCGCUUGUCGCGAUAUUGAUGAAGCGUUUUGUUCCGCAGUAUUCCCAUUGGAUGCAAAUAACUUAAUGCCGUUAGAAUUUUAA